AAGAGUCGCGCUGCAUCCUGGGUACAUAGCUCCAUGGUGAUGCAGUGAGGCUGUGGGUCGUGUUUUUGUGUUUUUGUGUGGACGAGGAAACCAAAGUAAAGUAAACGGGGGAGGGUCGGCCGCUGGUGAGUGAGGAAGGGGGAAGGCUUUUAAGCGAGUUACAAUGCGUCUUUCACGGUGUUGAGCGGUCUCGGUGAACGAUGAGCCAACUUCGCCGGUCGUCUCGAAGCGAUAUGAGCCACUCUUGAGCCCCGUGGAAACCCUUCUUCUCGGCGGGGGGAGAGCGAGCAUGAAGAAGCCGAGCGCCCUGCUCCGUGUUGCCGGCUUGACUGGGAAAUGGUAGCGUGCUGCAGGAACCGCACUGGGAAGGAACAUGGUCGAGAGGAGCAGCAAAUUCUUGUUGAUCGUCGUCGGAUCCGUGUGUUUCAUGCUGAUUCUGUAUCAGUACGUGGCCCCCGGGGUGAUCAAUUUCGGUUCCCCGCACGGUUAUUUCACGGAGGAGGACGAGGGGGACAUCUUCCCGACUCCGGACCCCCACUACGUUAAGAAAUACUACUUCCCCGUCAGGGACCUGGAGAGGACGAUCGAUUUUCAAAUCAAAGGGGAGGACGUGAUCGUGUUUUUGCACAUCCAGAAAACAGGGGGGACUACCUUCGGCAGGCACCUGGUCCAAAAUGUCCGUCUGGAGGUUCCCUGCGACUGCAGACCGGGCCAGAAGAAGUGUACCUGCUACCGGCCGAACCGCAAGGAGACCUGGCUCUUCUCCCGGUUCUCCACCGGCUGGAGCUGCGGCUUGCACGCCGACUGGACCGAGCUCACCAACUGUGUGCCCGGGGUCCUCAACAAGAAGGAGAGCAAGCAGAAGAUUCAAAGGAAGUUCUACUACAUCACUCUGCUGAGGGACCCGGUGUCUCGCUACCUCAGCGAGUGGAGGCACGUGCAGCGGGGAGCCACGUGGAAAACCUCCCUGCACAUGUGCGAUGGACGAACCCCGACGCCCGAGGAGCUGCCCUCCUGUUACGAGGGCUCUGACUGGUCGGGGUGCACCCUGCAGCAGUUCAUGGACUGCCCCUACAACCUGGCCAACAAUAGACAGGUUCGUAUGUUAGCGGACCUGAGUCUCGUCGGCUGCUACAACAUGUCCACAGUUCCAGAGAAGAAGAGGGCCCAGCUUCUCCUGGAGUCAGCCAAGAAGAACCUACGAGACAUGGCCUUCUUUGGGCUGACAGAGUACCAGCGGAAAACCCAGUUCCUGUUUGAACGGACCUUCAGGUUGCGCUUCAUCAGGCCCUUCAUGCAGUACAACAGCACCCGAGCUGCAGGGGUGGAUCUGGACAACGCUACGGUCCAGCGUAUAGAGGAGCUGAACGAGCUAGACAUGGAGCUGUACGACUAUGCCAGGGACCUGUUCCAGCAGCGCUACCAGUACACCAGGCAGCAGGAGAGGCGGCAGCAACGCAUCAAGAACCACAUGCAGCAGAACCACCAGGGCCUAGGCCUGGGCGUCAGCCUCUGGCCCUCCCGCAGCAGGCAGAGCGCUGUCUCGACACUGGAGGACGGAGAAGGAGAAAAGGAGGAGGGUGAGGAGGGAGGCAGAACGGAGGAGGCGGGCAGCAGGCUUCCCACUGAGGACUACAUGAACCAGAUCAUCAACCGCUGGUAGCAGCAGAAUGAGAACAAACGCACAGACAUGCAUAUGUAAUGUGAAAAAUACACACACACAAACACAUACACACACAUAUUUACACAGAAAGUGGCGCCUGCAUCAAAGACCCAAAUAACUGACAAACAGACAUUAUCAGAGAGUUGGGCUGUGGGAAUGAGAGUCCAAGUGGUUGCUAUGGAGACCUGGGCUUGGUCCAUUGCAUCAGCUCAUGUUAUUGAGGUUUGCCCAGUUGUUAUUAGCACCCUCUUGCCCUUUUCCCCCCCUCUGAGUUUCUCCAUCUCUCCCAUCAUCAUUAUUGACUGAGCUGAGGAGAGAUAUUUUUAAGAGUUGCUGACAACCGAGUAUCUCAUCCAUCUCCCUCCCCCCCUUCCUCCUCCUCCUCCUCCUCCUGUAUUCCUCUCGUUCUCUGUGGCCUGAUAUGGAGCAUGAGAAAAUAAAAUUAAGUCUGUGAAUUCCCAUUAAUCCUCGCUAAGGACCAGUCUACUUCCUGGACACAGUGCUCCAAUUUCAAAGGAGCUAGAAAAGCUAUGAAAGUAUGCUAAUGGCUGAAGCUGAACAAAGAAAAAGGUGGGAGUACAUGAAAGACUGUUCCUGAAAGGAAGAAAAGAAAGAAGCGCAGAAAAGUUGGACUGUGUAAUAAAGCUUUCUGCUUAAAAAAAAAAAAAAAAAAAAUCAGCCAUUUCACCCAUGAACAUGCUUUGGUCAUGAAAUAGUGACAGACAGUCUCAUUCUCAUUUUAGGAUGAUUUCAUUUGUAUUUUUUCCUUUUUUGUGUUUAUGCUUUUUUAAAAGCAGAAUUGUAAUAACACUGAGACCAAUAAUGCUGCCUAAAGAAAAGUGAUUCCUUUAUUUCUUUAUUUUUGUUUGUUUUAUAAGUCAAAGCUAAUGGAUUGGAUUGACGUACUAUGGACCAUAGCCAUUACUGAAGCCUUGCAUCUCGGAAAAGAAAAAAAGUGGCCUGUUUCUCUGUUAAAGGUUCCCAAAGCUCCUGUCGCUUAACGAGUUCAUUAUUUCUCCUUUUCUCUCCUUUUUCUUGUGUGUCUCAGUCCUGCAGAGAAUGACAGCCAAUUACGGAGCCCGAAUCUCACAUACUGUACGUGUGAAGAAAUCAAAGGCAGGGAAAGGAGGGAGAGGAGUGAGUGUGUGUGUGUGUGUGUGUGUGUGUGUGUGUGUGUGUGUGUGUGUGUGUGUGUGUGUGUAUGUGUGUGUGUGUGUGUGUGUGUGUGCUGCAGGUUGUUGCCAGGAACCGUGCUGUGUGAGCGGCAAGCGCUUUGGAAGCCUUAACUCAGACAAAUGCUCGAGAUGGGAGUUGUGGAACUACCGGUCACCAUGGCAAUGUGAGCCCUUAAUGUAGUGGGUGGCAUUUGCAGUUGCUCGUUUUUUUGUGUUUUUUUUUUGGUUCUGUUUUUUUUUUUGUUUUGUUUUUUUCCUGACCAAGAGCUGCGUUGUAAAAGCGGCGGUCUCAAAAAAAAAAAAAAGCUUCUGUCCUACUUGCUGAAAGGGCACACACAGUGCUGGUGACCUGUAGUUCAUUAGUGUGACUGGUAUUUCACUUGGUUUUACCCUGAAGAAACAGACAGGGCGAGGUAGCAGUGCCUCUAUGUACUGGGAUCAUAGUCAACAUUAUUAUUGCCAGAUAAUAUGUCUGCAUUAUACUACAGUAAUUUUCUCUGACUACUCGUGUGUCUGUGCGUAUGACUGUGUUUCAGUAUGUGUGUAAAUAGUAUGUACAGUAUGCCUUUGAUUGGCGUAUGUGUAUGCCUUUGUAAAUAGUGUGCCUGACUGCGAGAGGAUGCCUGACGAGUUUUUUGAAUGACUGGUUCCAUGACCAAUAAUAACUUGCCAUUUUUAUGGUGGUGGAGGGCAGGGCAAAACAAAAAAAAACAAACAAACAAAAAAAAAAAGUCCCUCCAACAGCAUGUCACAGCAGUGUGACCGCCGCAGUGAUGCAAGCCAAUACACUCCUCUGCCCUUUCCUUAACCAUUUAUAUUUUUCUUUCCCCAUUUUCUUGUCUCCUCCCCCAUGACGUGGUCAGGUGGGAGGACUGUAUUGCUAUAAUUGUCUGAAAUUCUGAUUUUUGUAUUUGUUAAAAAUCUGCCUGUGUUACAUGUCUUCACUCUUGUCAGUAAAAAGUAGGGUUGGAUUCUGAUAGCCGGCUCCAUAAUGAACACUAUUAGGAAUUUCAGCUACAUUUCCGCUGCAGAUAUCAACAUAUGAUAUAAGUUAUAAGUUCGGUAGCAGCUGUUACCAAAAAUGUUGCCUCCAUAAUAUUUAGAUAGGGACACAUUUUUUUUAUAAUUUGGAUAGCUGUGAUAGAGGAAAUUGUCACACCUUACCUGUCAAUAUCUGGUUGACCCUUUGGUCUUUUUUAUGGUGUUAAUGCACCAAAAUUAAGUCACAGCUAUCAAAUACAAAUCUGUGACUGAACCAAAACACUAAGACUCUGAUAAAGUAGGGUAAAAAUGUCUGCAGUGAUUAUUUAGCUGAAAUUCCUAAUCAGGUCACAGAAUUUUGGCAUAACAUCAUUUUCUGGUUGGCAAAAUACCCAGAAUUGUUUGUCUCUAAUUCCAUUAUUACUCUAAAGAUUUCUAUUAUUGAAUCUUUUAUCUGCUCCUGUUUUUUAUUAGCAACGAACAGCAUAGACAAACAUCAAUUCUGACAAAUUAUAUAUCAGCUGUAGCCAAUUAACGUUAACUUUGUAACAGCUCAAACUAAACUUCUGGCUGUUGUCUGUAUUUAUGCCGCGUUCAUGUCAUAUCGGAGUUACUGUAAUCACAAGUUUCCAACUUGUAAAUAGCGUUCAUAUCAACCUCCCAAGUUGUAAUUACAACUGGGGAAACUGGGAUUUCUUUCUGCAAGCUCCAAUAUAUUUGACUUGGCACUUAAUACGUACUUAAUAAUACAGAAGUGCCUGAAAACCAAGUAAACAUGAACGCCUCACUUCAGCCAAAGUUCAUCAUUCAAUGUAAUUGAACUUCUAAAUGGAUAUAAUGUAACUUUGUCAAUGCACAGUGUUUUAAAUCCUCAUACAACCUUCAUGAUUUGUCAGAUUAAGUGAACGCUCGCAAGUCCUCAACACGGGAAUCUGUCUGACCCUUCCCGUUCAUCUGAGAUGGCGUGAACGCGGCAUUAGCCAAAGAUUGUCUGUAAGAGAAAAGAAGCAUCACUCUGUAACACCACUCUAUGACUGAGUGGACUGUGUGUUUUUUUUUUUUGCAGUUCAACCAACCAACAGAGCAGCAUUUCUUCUAAACACUUGAUUUAGCUAAUUACACAACUUCAAUUUCAGUUAAACUUUUAAGGUAUAUCAUAGCAAUAUUUUAACUUAAUCCUUCUGUAUCUGAACCUCCAGUAUUUGGAGCACGUACCUUGCGAAAAGACACAUUUAAAAAGUUUAGGUUGUGAACCUGCGCUAACAAAAGGUGAUGACAGAACUUUGAGUUUCAGUUAUUUAUAUCCUAAGCUAAACCCAGUUAGAUUUGAUAAGAGAAUCAAAAGGAUUUAGAUUCAAUGAUGGAUUUGGAUUUGAUAAAAAAAGCUACCAAAACCCAACCCAAACUACAAGCAAAGAAUCCGAGCAAUAAGAGGGGAAAAACAAUGAGAAGGUGGAGAAGAGAAUGUAAAAGCGGGGAAGGGGGAAAAGACAUGACACAGAACGAUUUAAUGAAACUGAAUGUAGGCCAAGUUCGGUGUCAUCCGGGGGGCAAUCGGAGGAUGCAUGCAGCAGGCGCUUCCUUGGUAUUAACAUAAAUAACAUGUUGCAUCCUUUUCUUAACAAUAGAUAUUUUAAGUAAGAAGGGAGGGGAAACCGACAAUUUAGCCGUCCACCACCCCCCCCCUUGUUAAAUUUCAACUAAUCACCUUGGAUCAAAACGUGUGUCUCUUUUUUUUUUUUUUUUUUGAUCAGCUCCUUUCAAAUCAGGGAUGAUUCAUAGAGGGGAAAGAGAGAAGAACUAAAGGGGGGGAUGAUGACAGGUAUUGGGACACAUCCAGAGUCAAUAUGCUACUUUUUGUGUAGCCUUCAAAGUAUCGCAAUAGGAACAGGGAAAAUGGAUAAGGAAAGAGAGAUCUCUUUUUUUGUUUUGUUUUGUUUUGUAUUAACUUCCUUUCAUUGUAUUCUCGUGGCAGAAACUGGAGACUUAAAAAACACAGCAGCUCCAGGCAUUUUGCCCACAACCUGUUUUUUUUUUUUUUGUUUUUUUCCAGUCAGACUUACAUUACACCGUGUUCGGGCUCCAAACCAGUAUCUGGUUCUGCAUUAGUGAUUAAGGACCGAAUACCAAACUGAAGAACAGUGCUGUGUUCUCCUCUUUGAGUGUUUUUUUUUUUCUUCAGCCUUCAAGUUUCUGUGAUGAACCUUCAAGUGACCAUCAGACUUGAAGCAGUCCUCAAAAAUAAUCCCUCUGUACCUGAACUGAAAGAAAACUGAAUCCUUUUCACUGAAGUAAUGAUUCCAGAAAUUGAUGCUAUAAAGCUAUACUCAAAUAUUUUAUGUCUCAUCAUGUUUAUCUGAUAUCUUAACAACGUUUUCCUUUUGUGACAAUGAAGCAACCCAGGUGUCGCUAGCAUCAUCCUCUUUUUUUUUUUUUUUUCAAAAGAUGUUUUAAAGAGAGUGUGAUAAAGAUCUGUUUUUUUGUUUUUUUGUUGUUUUUUUUGGGUUGGUGUGCAGUUUGUCUCUGGCUCCUUCUGUAUGCAUCAUUCUGGGUUUGUUUCUUAUGAUUGCAAAAAUGAAUCAUCAAGCCACCAAUUAAAAUAUUUCAUUUUUACAGA